CUUUCGCUGCCGGAGGAAAUGAGUGAGCCGGAAGCGCAGCGCUCAGUGACCUUCCCCUUGUGGGACUCAGCAUGGCGGCGUCUGGCCUCACCGGGCUGAUAAAGAGAGUAUUCCCCAGGCUCGGUGCUGCCAGUCUCCAGUCGCCAGUCGGUAUCGGGCCGGCCCCUUACCCAGAAGCACUUGGGAGAUGUUACGGCGCAGCCCCCGCGGCUCAGCAGCACCCAGAGCCCAGCCCCGCGGACUUCACCCAGAAGCUUUUAGUGGAACCUUUAAAGCACCCGGACUUCUUCAAUGUGAAAGAACUGUUCUCCCUCAGGGAAUUGUAUGAUUCCAGAGUCCAUCUGGGGCACAAGAAGGGAUGUCGCCAUCGGCUGAUGGAACCCUACCUGUUUGGGUGCCGCUUGGAACAGGAUAUAAUAGACCUGGAUCAGACAAUGAGGCACCUACAGUUGGCGCUGAACGUCACCGCCCACAUCGCUUACCGGAAAGGCGUGAUCUUGUUCGUGAGCCGUAACCGGCAGUUCAGCCAUCUGAUCGAGAGCACCGCCAGGGACUGUGGGGAAUACGCCCACACGCGCUACUGGCAGGGGGGGCUGCUCACCAACGCCCCCGUCCAAUACGGCGCCGGCGUCCGACUCCCGGACCUGAUCGUCUUCCUCAGCACCCUGAACACCGUCUUCGAGCAGCACGUGGCGAUCCGCGACGCGGCCAAGAUGAACAUCCCCACGGUGGGGGUAGUCGACACCAACUGCAACCCCGGCCUCAUCACUUACCCCAUCCCCGGCAACGACGACUCCGCCCCCGCCAUGGAACUCUACUGCCGCCUCUUUAAAAUGACCAUUAACCGGGCCAAAGAGAAGCGCAAACAGAUGGAGCUGCUCCAGGGGCUGCAGAGCAAAAUCUCCGAGGCGUAGCCCCUCCCCCCUGCAGAAGCCCCUCCCCUGGGAAUUCACUGUAAAAAGGACUUUUUUUUGGUUUCGUGUAAUUGCCUAAUAAAUGUAUAUAUUCAC